GUUUGUAGACACUAAAGGAAGGAAUCUAGAGCUCUGGGAAUGGUUAGUGUUGUGUUAAUUUGGCUUCCACUAGGAGCACAUAGUGACACAUAAAAUAAGAGCUAUAGGAGUUAGUUAGUCCAGGUUGGAUAUCUGCAGCAGGGCUGAGCUCAGUGGAAAGUUAUGAUCAGGAAAAACAAGAAGCAAUUGUAUUUCUUAAACGUGUAUAUCGCGCUAGUGCCUAAAGUUCCCAGUCCCAUUGGGUCCCGUUGUGCCAGGUGCUGUACAAACGAGGCCCAAUCUUGUAAAUGCUUCUCUGUUUGUUUGUAGGAUUAAAAGUUACUCAGUGUGGGUCUGCAGGAUGGACCCUGGGACUGCAACUGUGUGUUGUAAAAUGACACUUGACUAUGGCUUAGGCCCAAAAUUUAUAUUGUUUUAGGGGAAAAGCUCAAAAAAGGGGUUACACAACCUUAAACAAACAGAAGUGCCUUAAAUGAUUUUUUUUUUUUUAAAUUGAAGUGAAAAUGUUUUUGUUUUGUUUUUCUUGAUUCACACUUUGCCUUGCAGUGCUGGACACCCAAACACAAGAACAGUCUUGUGCUAGUGGAGAGGACAGAAAAUGAAACUGACUAGAAACAAAUGUGAAACUGGCCUGUUUCAUUAUCCAAAAUGCAGUGUUGCCAACUCUUGUGAUUUUUAUUAUGGGCCUGGCAAGACUAGGUUUUUGGAGUGAUGCUGCUGGAGUCGUAUCAUUAUUUACUAGAAAUUGUCAGAAAAGAAGGCGUUACCCUUAAAGCGAUUCUUACCACCCAUCACCAUUGGGACCACGCCCGAGGAAACGAAGAACUGGCGAAGGUGUAUCCAGAGCUGCAGGUGUAUGGGGCGGAUGAGCGGAUUGGAGCCUUGACACACAAGGUGACUCAUAACGAGGAGUUAAAGUUCGGAGAUAUUAACGUGAGGUGCCUGUUCACGCCGUGCCAUACAUCAGGCCACAUGUGUUAUUUCAUGUGGGAAGAGAACUCCCCAGAUGCUCCAGCCCUCUUUUCAGGUGACACCUUGUUCAUUGGUGGCUGUGGGAAGUUCUUUGAAGGGACGGCCGAGCAGAUGUACAAGAACCUGACUGAAAUCCUGGGUGCUUUGCCGAAGGACACUAAAGUGUUCUGUGGGCACGAGUACACCGUGAGGAAUCUCAAGUUUGCUUUGAAAGUGGAACCGGAGAACGAGAGUGUGAAAAAGAAACUCGCUUGGGCAAAACUCCGAGACGACGAGGACUUGCCCACGGUGCCCUCCACCCUGCAGGAGGAGUUCCACUACAACCCCUUCCUGCGGGUCUCGGAAGAAGCCGUGCAGAAAUUCACUGGCCAGACGGCUCCGGUGGCCGUGCUGCGAGCUCUCCGCACAGAGAAGGACAACUUCAAGAAGCCCAAAGAGAGGCUGACCCCUCAGGCCAUGCUGGCGUUCGAGUGGGGACUCUUCGGCCCCUUCAUGGGGAAGAAGUGAAAUGCAGCCAGGUUUGUCGGAUCGUUUAUUUUGUGCCAAUAUAUAAACGCAACCAAGGCCCCAGCGAGGGCCAGGCCUUUUACCAAACUGCAGUAUCCUGAUCGUCGUCGUGGGGGAGGCCUGUUAGGCCAGUCUGUCUCCCAGCUGGGCAAGGAUCGUUCCCCGCAGCCCAAUGUGUAGGGCUCUGUCCUGUCUGGCUUUAAAUGACUCGGCUACUGCAGCUUCCCCUACUGCAUGGGCCUCGCUCCUGGGAAGUGGGGCUUGUUAUUCAGCCUCGUUUUUUUCUUUACUCCUUUUGAUCCCCUCACUUCUAGCUGUACGUGUUAACCACCCGAAGCAAUUCCUCUCUUACACCCCUCUGAGAAUGGGCUGAUUCUCUGAGCCCUGCCUCCUGAAAGGGGCGAUGUAAGAAACAGGUUUGUUUUUGUACCUGGAAGUAAACUGGGGGCUUCUGGAAAACAGGGAAAGCUGAAAAGGGAAACAUAAGGGUUCUACGUGGAACAGUUCGGCCCAGAGCUAUUCCUCUUUUUAAAAGGCUGUUUUGUUGCUCCUCAAAACAAGAUAUUUUGGGGACAUCUAAAAUUUUUAAUUCUUCUAGUAAUUACUGGGGGAGGGGCUGCUCUCUGAAUGGAACGAAACUAUUCUGU